AUGACUAGCAUUACAUCCCCAGUUCGCAUCGGUAACCUCGACCUCCAACAUCGGGUCGUGCUGGCACCCCUGACCCGAAUCCGGGCCGACGAUGAACAUGUUCCCCUUGAUCUCGCUCGCGAAUAUUACGCCCAGAGAGCCUCAGUUCCCGGUACUCUUUUAAUCAGCGAGGGAACAUUUAUUUCCGCACGCGCAGGUGGAACGGCCAAUGUUCCUGGGAUCUGGAGCGAUGCGCAAAUUAAGCAAUGGAAGACUAUUACCGACGCGGUUCAUGCGCGCGGUAGUUAUAUCUUCUGCCAAUUGUGGGCUCUUGGUCGCGCCGCAAACCCCGAGGUCCUCGCCAAAACCGGUGACCAUGUUAUCUCCAGUGGUAACAUUCCUAUGUCAGAGUCAGCUCCUGUUCCGAAGGCUUUGACCGAGGAAGAAAUCCCAAUUUGGAUCAACGAUUACGCCACAGCUGCAAAGAACGCCAUCGCUGCCGGAUUCGAUGGCGUGGAAAUUCACGGGGCAAACGGAUAUCUCGCAGAUCAGUUCCUGCAGGACACUGCCAACAACCGUACAGACAAAUGGGGCGGCAGCAUCGAAAAUCGAUCUCGCUUCGGCCUUGAGGUCGCCAAAGCUGUAUCUGAGGCUGUCGGCCCGGAACGAACUGGAUACCGUAUUAGCCCCUGGAGUACAUUCCAGGGCAUGCGCAUGAAGGACUUCCACGACCAGUUUGCCCACCUUGCCACCGGGCUCGGAAAAUUGAAUUUGGCUUAUCUACACUUCGUCGAGCCACGCAUCUCCGGCUCGCAAACCGUCGAAGACAACGUGGAGUCAGACGACCAGUUCUUAUUUGAUGCAUUUGGCUCCUCUGGCGCUAUCAUCCUGGCAGGUGGAUUCACGUCGGAAUCUGCGUCUGAGAAACUUCAGCAGCACCCUAACCGACGCAUUGCCAUUGCAUUUGGACGCCAUUUCCUGGCUAACCCCGACCUCCCCUUCCGCAUUGCCAACAACAUUCCGUUCAACAAGUAUGAAAGAGCCACCUUCUACACUCCUAAGUCCCCUGUUGGCUAUGUGGAUUACCCUUUCAGUUCGGAAUUUGUUGCCAAGGCCUAG